AUGCCCGCGACAAUCGAAGUAGCCUCCGAUUUAAACAUCCCCGUUACUACCAUCAACACCAUCAACGCUGGUGUCUUUGUAGCGCAGGCGUUGUCGGGGCUGAUUUGGUUGCCGGUUAGUACGAUUAUUGGACGAAAGUCUGCGUAUCUUGCUGCGAAUGCCGUUCUUUGUGUUUGUGCGAUUGGGUGCGCGACUGUGCCGAAUUUACCGGGGUUUGCGGCGCUGUGGAUAUUGGGAGGGAAUACGGGGCCGUUCUUUUUGGUUGCUGGACAGACGAUCUUGGCGGAUAUAUUUGAUCCUACGUCUCGUGGGACUGCUGUUGGGUUCUUUCUGGGGAGUUGCGUUUCUUUCAAUUCAAUCGCACCUCUUCUCGGUAGUAUCAUCGCAACAUUCACCAGCUGGCGAGUCAUCUAUGGCGUCGAAGCCGGAAUGUGCCUUUUUGGUCUCAUUCUUUCUCUCUUGUUCAUCCCGAAAGCUAGCGAAGUUGAGAAUCCCAAAUUAGCCGAGACGACACGUCCCCGAACAGCCAAGGAAAUCCUUCGGACGUUCAACCCGAUGCACGUUUUCUGUCAAUUCAAAUAUCCAAAGGUCAUCCUCGCUAACAUCGCCUGCGGUCUCCUGGGCUUCAACCAAUACGGUCUCCUCUCCUCCAUUCGACGCGUUAUAAACCCUCGCUUCAAUCUCACAUCCCCUCUUGCAAGCGGUCUCUUCUACCUUGCACCCGGUGCAGGAUUUCUAAUUGGAAGUACCGUCGGAGGUAAGAUCUCCGACGUAGUAGUCAAGAGAUACAUGCGAAAGCACAACGGACAGAGAAUUCCUGAAGAUCGAUUGAACAGCAGUCUAGUCAGCGUUCUUAUAAUUCUUCCUCUUGGAACGUUACUCUACGGAUGGAGUGUUUAUCAUAGACUUGGUGGUAUGGCGUUGCCGAUUGUGAGUGCGUUUAUCCAAGGAUUUGGACUCAUGGCGUCGUUUAGUGGGUUGAAUACGUACGCUGCUGAGGUUCGACCUGCGCAUAGAACAGCUGUAAUCACAGGAAAAUACGUGAUUCAGUAUAGUUUCGGUGCAAUGAGCGUUGGAGGCGUCGUCCCCAUGAUUGACGGCAUCGGCGUAGGUUGGGCAUUCACCGUUAUUCGCAAGAUGUAUUACGCUUCGCAGCAUUUGUUGCUUCUCACCACGUUCUUCAGCUUCACCCUCGCUCAAAGUGGAGCUGAUCCCUACGCCCCAGUCUACACAACAUGUCCCUCCUCCCUCAAAGUCCGAAAAGCAUCAGACGGCCUAUCCGAUGAAGAGUCAUCCUGGCGAGAACAACGCGCCAAGCGGAUAAUUCCCAAUCUCGAAGACUACCUCAAACUCGCCAACAUCACCGGUUUCAACGUCUCAAACUAUAUUGACAAGCUCAAAAGUGAUGAUGUUCCUAUCGUUGGGCUUUCUGUCUCUGGCGGAGGUACGCAGUCUGGCCUUGGAGGGCUGGGUGUUUGGCAAGCGUUUGAUGCAAGGUCUGAUGCGGCGCGAGCUGCGAGGACGGGAGGGUUGACGCAGCUUCUUUCGUACAUCACUGGUUUAUCCGGCGGCGGCGCCGUCACCGUUUCCUUACUGGCCGCGAAUAAUUUUACUACGACUGACGGGGUCAAAAAAGCCUCCAAUUUCUCCCUUGAUUAUUCAUCUGGUCCAGAUGGUAAUCAGACGGAAUUCUUCACAACAAUCUUCGAGAACAUGGGCGCAAAAGAUGAAUCCGGUUUCCCUGUCUCCGUCGCAGACACAUUCGGUCAAUUCUGGGGAACAUGGCUCCCCGAGGAUAAAGUAUACAGCAAUUACUCCGACAUCGCCUCCAAAAACACAGCCUUUACGCUCGGCGAUGCACCAAUGCCAAUCGUAUGCUUCGCAGAAGUCAUACCCGGAAAAUCUCCGGAGAUCGGAAAACUCAUGUACCCCGGCUUCAAUAAAUCCGAACGCUUCAACUUCACAGCGUAUGAAGUAACACCCUUUGAGUUCGGAAGUUGGGUCGGCGGCCGCGUGCAGGCGUUUAUCCAGACCAAAUUCCUCGGAACUUCCAUGUCAGCGGGGAAGCCGCAGAAUAAGAGUGAAUGCGUUGAGGGGUUCGAUAAACUUACUCUCAUGCAGGGAACGACUGCUAAUGCAUUCACCGCAUGGUUUAUCGAUUCAUUUUAUGGAAUUCCCGUGUUUGCGAAGAGAUGGUUGGAGAAGAGACAGAAAGUUAAUCCGGAUAUUAACGACAUUCCUAUUCCGGAGGAUCAGUAUGAUAAUCCGUUGGUUCAGCUUGCGAAUAUGACGGCGGAGUACUUUGAUUUGACGUUUAAUGAGACUUUGUGGGCGACGUAUCCGAAUCCGUUUGAGGAUUAUAAUGAGGAUAUGAAGGGUGUUUCGGAGCUUCUUUUGGUUGAUGGGAGUCUUACGCUUGAGAGUAAUCCUCUCCGCCCGCUGAUCAUUCCUGAUCGCAAGCUUGACUUGAUCAUUGUUUACGAAGCUUCAUCCGAUGCACCAAACUCUUGGGUCAACGGAACCAAUCUUAUCAAUACCGCCCUCACCGCAUCCCAAGGCAACAUCCCAUUCCCCAAAAUCCCCGACGUAAACACCAUCGUCGCCCAAAACCUCUCCUUCCAACCAACCUUCUUCGGCUGCAACGCCUCAUCCUCAACCCCCCUCCUUCUCUGGCUUCCCAACGCCCCAUGGACAGGUUACACCAACUAUUCCUACACCCAAACCCAAUUCACGUCUAACCAAGUCGACAUUGCUCUUGAAAACGCGUUCCAGGUAGCCACGUACGGUAAUGGUAGUGUUGAUGAGAAUUGGCCUGCUUGUUUAGCUUGUGCGGCUAUCAAAGGAUCGUUGAGAAGAUUGGAUAUUGAGAUGCCGAAACAGUGUGAGGAGUGUUUUGAGAGACAUUGUUGGAAUGGGACGACGAGUGAUAGGAAGGCUACAGAGGGGGAUUUUAAUCUGACGCCGAGAUUGGAUCCGGAGUUGAGCUUUGCGAAAUGGAAUGAGAGUGAUUGGGAGAAGGAGGAGAGCAGUAGAAGUGGAAGUGGAACGGACGAUUCGGCUGGUGUCAAGGUUGGGAAUAAUUUGGUUGGGUUGGUUUUAUCGCUGGUUGCGAUGGCUUAUCUGCUGUAG